AAUCUUCUAUAAAAUCAGACCCACAAUUCACACAUUGUCUCCAUUCCACUUUCAAGCCAACCAAAAUCACUAGAGAAAAAAAAAUCAGGGAAAAAACAGAGAAAAUAAAAUAUGGGUUCUAUGGCCGAAACUGUUUGUGUCACAGGGGCUUCAGGUUUUAUCGGGUCAUGGCUUGUCAUGAGACUUAUGGAGCGCGGUUACAUGGUUCGAGCAACAGUCCGCGACCCAGAAAACUUGAAGAAGGUGAGUCAUUUGUUAGAACUGCCAGGUGCAAAGGGCAAACUGUCCCUAUGGAAGGCUGACCUUGGUGAAGAGGGUAGUUUUGAUGAAGCUAUUAAAGGGUGUACAGGAGUUUUUCAUGUUGCUACUCCUAUGGAUUUUGAGUCCAAGGACCCUGAGAAUGAAAUGAUCAAGCCUACCAUAAAAGGGGUGCUAGACAUCAUGAAAGCAUGCCUCAAGGCCAAAACUGUCCGUAGAUUUAUUUUCACAUCAUCGGCCGGAACCCUAAACGUUACUGAAGAUCAAAAGCCCUUGUGGGAUGAAAGCUGUUGGAGUGAUGUUGAGUUUUGUAGGAGAGUGAAGAUGACUGGCUGGAUGUAUUUUGUUUCAAAGACACUUGCGGAGCAAGAAGCAUGGAAAUUUGCCAAAGAGCACAACAUGGAUUUCAUCACAAUCAUCCCACCUCUUGUUGUUGGUCCUUUUCUUAUUCCUACCAUGCCACCUAGCCUAAUCACUGCCCUUUCUCCUAUCACUGGAAAUGAAGCUCAUUAUUCGAUUAUAAAGCAAGGCCAAUUCGUCCACUUGGAUGAUCUUUGUGAAGCUCACAUAUUCUUGUUUGAGCAUAUGGAAGUAGAAGGGAGGUAUCUAUGUAGUGCAUGUGAAGCUAAUAUUCAUGACAUUGCAAAAUUAAUUAAUACAAAAUAUCCAGAGUACAAUAUCCCCACAAAGUUCAAUAAUAUUCCAGAUGAAUUGGAGCUUGUGAGAUUUUCAUCAAAGAAGAUCAAAGACUUGGGAUUCGAGUUUAAAUACAGCUUGGAGGAUAUGUACACUGAAGCAAUUGAUACAUGCAUAGAAAAAGGGCUUCUUCCUAAAUUUGUUAAAAGCACCAAUAAGUAAUGGUGUCACACAUAAAUAAAUAAGUAUAGGCUAUGUGUCUUUAUGUGUGUUUCUGUGAUGGCUUUAGGAUCUUACUUAAUUCCUUGAGAUUUUCUUUAGUAGCUGGAAUGUUUGUGCAAUCCUGUUGAAGCCCAAACUUACUUGAAUGUUUUCUAUCUCUUUCAUUUGUUCCUUAUUGAGAGCUACACGAAAAAGGAAAAGAUAAUGAAUUAUUGAAUAUUAUUUAUUUGCAAAA